AAUAAAUGGACAGGAGCUCAGACGCCAGGUCCAAGACUCUCAAAGCAACCAGGACGUCAAAAAAAGACUUGACUGAAGAGGAGGAGUGGAAAGUCACCUUCCUGUCCAGCAAGACGAGCUUCACUAAGGGCAGGAUCUUGAUUCUGAAGACUAAGUACGCCAUCUCCUGGGGCAAGUCCUCUGUCUCGUGGAGCAGAACCACCGCUACCCUGGGAAAGAUCACCGUGACCAUGGGAAAGACCUCCGUGACACGAGACCAGACCACCAGCUCUCUGACCACUCUCACCUUCACCCAUGGAGAGAAGUCUGUGUCUGUGGUCAAAGCCAGCCUCACUAGAGGCAGACAAACUACACGGAACAUCUACUGGGAUUUCCACCUGUGAUUAUUCUAUACGGUUUCACUCAAAACAGAGGGACUUUAAUCUGCUCAGUUUCAGCAGGUCAGUAGUAGCUUAAAUCAUGUCCAUUUGUAAUCAAUUAUUCCAUGUGUCUGAUCAAUGUGCAGCAUUCUGCAGCUCGAGUGUCAAUGAAGCAUUCAUGUUUUCUAAGAAAAACAUUUUAGCAUGUCUUUCAAAAUGAAUCCCACAUGAUGAGUGUUGUUCGGAUGUGUUACGGAUCUAACAGGCUUGAAAUCAGAUAUUCAGAUGUGUGACGGAGGAGAUGAGGUUGGUGGUGUGUUGGCAGGGAGGGAGGCAGGAGGACACAGCUGUGUGUGGUGUAUGUGGAGACACUGGACAGAGCAUGUGUCAUCAUCAGUGUGCUGUUCAACAGAGAACCUCAACGGUAAUUCUCUGAAGCAAAAAUACAGCUUAAAUGUCCAUUUGUUAUAAAACAACAAUUGCAUGCUGAUUAAAUUGGUCUGUUUCAAGGUUGAACACAUUACAAUAACUAUGCUAUGUUCAGUUUAUAAAGGACGGUCUUAAACUAGGAAAUGUGUCUGUCAUAACUGAUUGAUUGAUGUAACCUGAUGCUUAUAAAAUAACUGCUUCAACACUGCUUGGCUUGAUUUUGUUUGUUUACAAAUUUGACAUAUUAUAUAACAUACAAGUAGUAGGAAACAAAUGAUAUGUACUGUCCUGAAGUGGAAUAAUGAAUUAUAUUCAUACUAAAGGACAAGGACCAUAGACAAAUGGAAUAGAAGAUUAUCUGAUCAUCUCUAGAUGUAAUAGACCAUUUUAUGGACACAGACACUUGGAAAACUCCUAAGAGCCACACCCAUAUUGGAGACUGAAGCCACAUUGCACAUUUGAGAAGAGCGGUCAUCGGUCAUUGACGGAAAACAUGAACUUACGUCAACAUCCUUGCCUAUAUAAUAAUGUCUCACAUGAUAUGUUUCAUGAUGCACAUGUUCUAUACAGCUUCACACAGAACUAAGGAGUUACAAUCAGGGGAUAUAGGCAACAAUGCCGCAGGAUCAAGUGAUGUCACCACAUAUUGUCCUCUGGGCAACAAUGUCUCCUUUAGCCGCGUCGUGGUGGUGAUGGGACAAUCGUUCCACUGUACCAAGCCCUCAGAUAGGCUACAGCCACCUACGGCUGCCUCUGUCCAAUCACAGGGACACAUGGGUGGUAUGUGGCCUUCCAGAGCCCACGUCUAUAAGCUCAACAAAGGCAUUAUGUGACACGGGGGUAGCACUAUCCACGCUUAGCAUUCUGGUCUACUCUGGACUCUCGUUACUGUUACUAUCACAACCAAGCUUUACUGAGCGGGGUGUGCUGCAUGAGCGUGCAAUGUGUCGCGCCGAGUGAACCCCAAAAUCCACCACCUCAGCAGGGUCAGGAAUUCAACCUUAUUCUCAAUGGGCAACACCAGCAUCACCGAGGGGAAGACGGCCCUCUCCCUGGGAAACACAACUAUCAAGAGGGGCAAGACCAAGCUCACUGUGGGCAACUCAUCUAUCACCAGGGGCAAGAAGACCACUUCUCUGGGCGCCUCCACCAUCGCCAGCGCCAAGACCAAGCUCACUAUGGGCAAUGCCUCCUUCAGCAGGGGCACCACCACCACCUCGUUUCGAAAAGCCUUUUUCGCCAAACGCAAGACCCUGUAGAUGAAAGGGGACUUCAUUGGGUGGAGGGACUGGUGGCUAACUCAACAAAACGUAAAGACAACAUACACAACAUCACAGGGGACAUAAGGACAUCACCGCAACAUCUACACAGGCUAAACUGACUUCUAAAACACUGGAUUAUUUUGCUUUGGACCAUUUUACUGUUUUGAUCAAACAGGAUUUUAUCAAGGAAACAGCAGGAUCAGCUGACAUUGGAGGAUUCCUCCCUGGCCACGGCCAUGUGAAGUGAACACUGUCUGUCUGAUGGUGUGUUUCAGAUUCUCUACUGGGUGUGCGUGCACCUGGAGGAUCCCUCCCAUAGGGGAGAUGAACUCAGCCAAGGGAGGAGAUGCAAGCCCUGUGUCUAUGCGCCAUGCAAUAUCAUGGGAGGAGAUAGAAUUAGUUGACUUUUUUACUCUGACGGAGAGAUUACAAACGUUAUGACCAAAAUAAUGUGUCACAUCAGGCAAUAUCGACAGCUGGAAGGGUGUGCCUCACAUCUCAGUGAAUUGAUUGUGAAGGGAAUGAGGAACCAGGCAGGGUGUCUCAUGGCCAGUGUAUGUGCAUUUGGAGGAGUAGAAGAAUAGAGGUGCUGGGCUGGGAAGAACUGAAGGCAUAAUUCAUAAUAAUGAACAUGAUGAGGGGAUGUGAUAUGAAGGGUAUAGUAUGUCACAGACAGUAGAUAUGGUAAUAGGAGAAGAGGUAGGUGGGGAAAGGUUCAAGUGAUAUAUACUGGAAUGUUCAGUGUUUGGUCCUGCUGGUAACGUUCACAUUGCAAUGCCAAUGAACCUUGCUUAUGUUUAGUAAGGCAGAGGUCAUUUGUGCAAUAAUAUGCUAGAAAUAUGUGAAAACAAGAGGAUAAUCAGGCUGAAAAGAACACCAAUAUUACAAUGAAACUGUGUUAUUCUAGGAUGGCAGGCUCCAAGUGCUGCUUUAAUGUGCACAAUGAACAAUGGGACAGCAACUUCUGAGUGGAUGAGAACGCUUUUUAUGAGGAAAAAUGUAGAGCAGUGGAACCCUGAGGCUGAGAGAGAGAGAGAGGUAGAGAGAGAGGCUGAGAGAGAGAGAGAGGCUGAGAGAGAGAGGUGAAGAGUGGGACCAUUUGUGGUGCUUUACCAUUGUUUAACACAAGAAAGGACACACUCAGAGUGAAGAACCAUACUGUGCAGUCCCUCACAGAACCCACAUUCAAGUUUCAAAGUACUUUACAAUCAUUGUGCAGCUGGUCCCACUUUAUAUGUCCUCCUCAGGAUAUUGCAAGAGACAGGAAUGGCCCAUUCUCCCCAGACACACCCAAAACAAUUGAAGGCUUCAACACUCAAAAGAUGACUUGCUCUUCCUUCUCAUCUCAUCCACUUUUAUUUACAGGGAGCACGGGUGCAACAGGGUAGGACUUCCAAAUCUUUAACUAUCUUAUUUAUGUUGUUUUCUUAGGUUCAACGUGUUGGCACCAACAGUGUUCAUCCAGUCAUGGACCUCGUCAUGAGAGCUCUUAGGCCAGAAUAUGCAACAAAGUAAUAUAUCAACUGGCCUGUAACAAGAUUCCCUAGUGAUAGCUGUUUCUCCUGGUUUGGCCUCUUUUCAAUAAGGUAAAAUAGCAGCUAUUGGUACAGUCCGUUUCUCUCAGAUGAACCAAGUACAGAUGACACUCUGGUCCCGCCAUGUUUUAAAAACAUAUGUAGCCCAUAGCAACAGCUAUACUGUUAUGUAAGACUUUUCUUUUAUUCUUGACAUUUUAUUAUUAUUCUGGCCAUGGUAAAUAUUUAUAAAUGAAAUCCAGCUUAAGGCAUGAGCGGUAUCUCCUUCUAAAGUUAUUUUUUUCUCAGGACUUGAAAAGUUCAUGGUGCCAAGUUCCAACUGAGAUUUCUUCAGUCAUUUUCAAACACACAUCAAAAUAGUACAUGAAUACAUGAGACUUUUCCACUUGGAGACUACCAGCUGGACCAUACUGUAUAUCUAUGACCUCUGCUGACUUAACUAUUGACCUAAGACCUUUGACCCAGGGAAACAACAGUAGUUUCCUGUGAUGUUGAGAGUAUUUCCAGAUUUGCGUCACUGUACUGUCUAUUGCUGUGCAUGGAAAUCUCUGUCAUCAAAAUAAGUUCAGUUGAUGAAACAUGAUGUAAUGGGGAGGUCACUUUGACACAUCAGAUCACUCCAUUUUAGAAGUCACUAUAUCUUGGCUUUGGUGUCGAAAACAGGGCCAACCCAUGAGAUGUGCCAUCACAGAGUAAGCCUACUAGUAUUACUGAACCCUACUAUAUCAAUAUAGCACUAAAACAACAAUGUUAAUGACUUGGAGGAAGAGCUUUGAAUGGGAGUGUGAUGCCACUUUGACAAAAUCCAUUAUGAUCCCUGAUGACAAAUUGGCAUGGGGAUGAAGUACUAGGUCCAGCAUUUCACCAAGGGUCAACAGAUUCAAAUUCAGUAAUCAAGAACAACUCUGAAUGUUCUAUUAUCAUACACAAAUAGGCCUCAAAACAAGGAUUUACUUCCAAAAAAAAUGAAAAAUAGGAAAUCCAAACAUGUUAAUCUAUGUGUGCCGAUGUCUGGUAAAUGUGUAUGUUGUGAUAGUGGAGGAAAUGUUUUAUAUUCAAAUUGAAAAUAUAUACACGUGCACUAGUGUUAGAAGAAGGAUCAUGCUUGGGCUGGUGUGCUAACUGAACACUAAUUUGGGCUUCAUUGGGAGGGAUGGCUAAUAAUCUGAAGAUAACUGUGUCCAUAUCAGUCAAACCUUUUUCAUGACUCCCUCCAUUACUCUUGGCAUUAGUCUGGAGCACAGAUCCACCCUCUAUUCUUUGCCCCAAGGCUGCCCUGCUCUGCCCUGCUGGUAGCCCUGCCUACACAAUGAGACACACACACACACACACACACACACAACAUCAGCCUGACUCUAUGCACAGCCAGAGGUUCUGAGGUCACAAACAUUCACAACCUUUGUCAACUUGAACACCACCUGGGACAAGGGCUGUCAUUGGCUGACACAUGGAAGUAUUAUACACGUCUGUCUGGCAGGAAAAGAGGCCUCUAUGACUUACAGCCCAUCUUAGACUGCACAAUACAAAAGGUAGACUUGACAUCGACACAGAUGCUUUCAGAUAUUCUAAGCCUGGGGAAUACAUGUACUACCUUUGCAAUAAACUUAAUUCAUAGCUCUCAUUGAAAAGUAAUUCAUGUCUUUCCCAGUGGAGACAACUGUAUGAUUAGCAUUACUGAUGAAAAACUGUUGUGGCCAUUUUUUGUUUUGUUUUGUGUCCUGUGCCUGUCUCUUUAAAUGUCUUGGAUUAAAUGUCCUUGGCACGGUCAGUGUCUGAAAAAUGACCGAACUGCAACAAAUGUCUCUUUGUUCUUGCUAAUCCUUCUUGGAGUCUGAAGUCUGUGUCUUUGAAAACAUUCUUUAUUUAUGGUCAUGAUCCAUGUCUGUUCUAUGUGUUCUAUUACACUAUGUUCCACUAAAUGCAGACAGAACCCUUGACAGAGAGGUGCUGUAAUAAAAAAAAGUGCUUGAUCGUG